UCAGUAUUGAGGUGCAGCUGCUGAUCAUCUGCAUUUCAGCAAACUCGUGUAGUGCAAAACACGAUUUGUGCAGAAAUGGAGUUCAAAGCGGCCGUCCUCGUGAGCACACUGCUCUGCCUCGCGCUCUCCCACGGGGCACUGUCCCAGAGGCCGAGGGCACCGAUCGUGGAGACCCCGGCACCCGCGCCGGCGCCGGCCUACGUCGACCUCGCCGAACUGCUCUCCCUCGCCGGGCCCUACGGGACGUUCCUCGACUACCUCACCAAGACCGACGUGAUCAAGACCUUCCAGAGCCAGGCCAACGACACCAAGCAGGGAAUCAGCGUCUUCGCGCCGCUGGACUCGGCCUUCGCGGCCGUCGACAGCGGUGCGCUUUCCAACCUCACGAACGACCAGCUUCGGUCGCUCAUGCUGCACCACGCCAUGCCCAGGUACUACCCGCUCUCGGCCUUCUCCAAGCUGGCCGCGGCGAGCCCGGUGCCCAUGUUCGCGUACAAGGUGAACGUCACCGACCACGCCGGCAUCAUCGGUGUCGCGUCGGGCUGGGCCACCGCGAAGCUCGUCAGCAGCGUCUACUCCACGUCGCCGGUCGCGGUGUAUGCGCUCGACACCGUGCUGCUGCCCAAGGAGGUCUUCCCGACCGCCCCGGAGGUAACGCCCGUGGCCGCGCCGGCGCCGGCGCCGGGGCGUGGGGGCAAGCCGAUGGACGACGCGCCCGCCGCCGGAGGGCGUGGAUCCAAGGCCAAUGUCGGUGACAAGGGUUCGUCGUGCCGGAUUGGCGGUGGGCGCCUUCUGGUCGGCUAUGUUGUUAUGAUGGUCUGUGGGUUUUUGAUGAUCUAGUAGGUCGAUAAUCCCUUGCAUGCAUUGGCACGUGCUGGGUUUUAUUUCGUUAUUAUGGUAAAAAGUGUUCGUUGAUUCGUUUAUUCCUUCGCCGAAAUGGCCACACAUCGCAAUGUAUUCAUCCGCAGCUUGUAAUUCUAGACUAGUAUAAUAAACAUGAUCCUUACAGUUA